GAUCAGGACCUACAAAUCCAACGGUAGCAAUUUAUUAAAUAUUAAAUAAAUCCAAUAUUCUCACACUUCCCAUGGCCCCGAGAAAACCCUAAUCCUAGCACCUGCGGUGAGCUUCUUCGGAGCAAUGGGGGCGUACAAGUACGUGUCGGAGCUAUGGAGGAGGAAGCAGUCGGAUGUGAUGCGGUUUUUGCAGCGGGUGAGGUGUUGGGAGUAUCGCCAACACCCGUCCAUCGUCCGCGUCACGAGGCCCACUCACCCCGACAAGGCUCGGCGCCUCGGCUAUAAGGCCAAGCAGGGUUAUGUGAUUUACCGUGUCCGAGUUAGGCGUGGAGGCAGGAAGAGGCCGGUCCCCAAGGGUAUUGUCUAUGGCAAGCCCAAGAACCAGGGUAUCACUCAACUGAAGUUCCAAAGGAACAAGAGGUCUGUUGCUGAGGAGAGAGCUGGUCGGAAGUUGGGUGGUCUCAAGGUGCUCAACUCCUAUUGGAUCAAUGAGGACUCGACUUACAAAUACUAUGAGGUUAUCCUUGUUGAUGCUGCCCAUAAUGCAAUUCGUAAUGAUCCAAGAAUCAACUGGAUCUGCAAGGGUGUUCACAAGCACCGCGAGCUUCGUGGACUCACGUCAGCGGGUAAGAAGUACCGUGGCCUGCGAGGCAAGGGCCACCUGCAUCACAAGGCAAGGCCAUCUCGCAGAGCAACUUGGAAGAGGAACCAGACUUUGUCCCUUCGCCGAUACCGUUGAGCUUGUGUGCUUGGAGAGGUGUAUCACUGGAUUUUCUCUUAUUUGGACUUCAUAUUUUGCACUGGCAUCGAAUGUUGUUAUCUUUGUUUGGAGGAUUUGUUUGAACACGAAAAAAAUUUCUUUGCUCUUGUAGUUCUACAAACUAUGUAGAUUUUUGCUAGUUAGGCAUUUGUUAAUUAUAAGUCUAUUACUGUUAAGGGUACAUUUUGAGUGAUUCUCUACUUACGCCUUCUUCUUGGUUGUUA